AUUUUGGGACAAAGAAAUUGACAUAUCACCAAUUUUAAGUACAAGUGAUUGAAAUAAUGUGUAACCAAAUCAUCUGCACAAGUUAAUAGUACUGUAGCAUCUAAUCUCUACAAUCUUAGACUUUUCAACACAUAAUUAUAUAUCAUUAUCUGAAAUAAAGUUUGAUAUUAUCUAGAAACACAUGGACCAGUUUUUUUUUUUUGGAGAGAACACAUGGACCAGUUUAGCCGUGCAGUAUUUUAUACAUUUCAUUAAUCUAUUAUUAAUGAUUAAAUGACCAAAGAUGCUCUUAAUUACAUUGACUUUGACUUACAAAUAAUGAUGUUCUAGCCAACCCAUGAUACAAUAAAAUCAUACAAUAAGCCAAAUGAAACACACCAAAUCUGAACACAAAAAAACGUUGAAAAAAUGACCACAAUGUCCCUUUUUUCUCUCUCUCCUGAUUUCCCACUUCUAAAUUCCAAGCUCCCCUGUUUCUGAAAACAGAGCAACCAAAAACAGAGCAAAAACCACCCAAUUCAACAUACAAAAUGACAAAAUUACCCUUUACACCCACCAAAUUCCUCCCCCAUUUACCCUUUAUCAUCCUCACCCUCCUACCCUUUUUGGUAAUUUCACAAUCUGAUCAACAAACUCUGUUGAAAAUCAAGGAGCAAUGGAACAGUCAACCACCAACAGACUCAUGGACUUCCAAUACAUCCUAUUGUCAUUGGCCUGGAAUCAUUUGCACCGGUGGCGAAACCGUAACCGGAAUCUCCCUUAAUAGCCAAAACAUCGAAGGCGAAAUCCCUCCAUCCAUUUGUGAUCUCAAGAAUCUCACUCUUCUUGAUCUUGGAAACAAUAGUAUCAUAGGUAACUUUCCUACAUUUUUAUACAAUUGUACCAAGCUCCAAACUUUAGACCUUUCUCAAAAUUACUUUGUUGGGAAAUUACCAAAUGACAUAAAUAAGCUUUCUCCUAAUCUUCAAUACUUAAUCAUUAGUGCUAACAAUUUCACUGAUGAUAUUCCAUCUUCAUUAGCCCAACUUAAAGGGUUGAUCAAAUUGUACUUUGAUUCCAAUUUAUUUAAUGGAACAUUCCCUUUUGAGUUGGGACAGUUGGAAAAUCUUGAGGAAUUGGUGUUAGCUUUCAACCCUUUUUCCCCUAACAAAUUACCCAAAGAAUUUGGGAUGCUUAAGAAGUUGAAGUUCCUUUGGAUGACUCAAUGCAAUUUGAUUGGUGAAAUUCCAAUUGAUUUUGCCAAAUUAACUAGCCUUGAGCAUUUAGACUUGGUUCAGAAUAGCUUAGUGGGUGAGAUUCCAAGUGGGUUGUUCUUGCUCAAAAACUUGACUAAAUUGUAUUUGUACAAGAAUAUGAUUUCUGGGGGAUUGCCAACUUCAAUCGAAUCGUUGAAUUUGGUGGAAUUGGAUUUAUCACAGAAUAACAUGACAGGAGUAAUCCCUGAUGAUAUUGGUAAACUGCAAAGUUUAACAGUAUUGAAUUUGUUUCAGAACCAAUUUCAUGGACCAAUACCAUCAAGUAUUAGUCUACUUCCUAUGCUGACAACACUGAGGGUGUUCAUGAACCGGUUAUCUGGCACCCUUCCACCGGAAAUGGGCCUACACUCGGAACUCACGAGUUUCGAGUUGUCUGACAAUGCAUUCACAGGCCAACUGCCUGAGAAUCUGUGCUACAAUGGGAAGUUGAUGGGUGUUGUGGCAUUCAACAACUAUCUAAACGGAACGAUUCCAAGAUCUCUCGGCCAAUGCAGCUCUUUAUACGUAGUUGAAGUGUACAACAACAGCUUGACAGGAAAAGUUCCUGCAGGGUUAUGGACUUUGCCUAAUAUGAUGUUUAUGCAGCUUAGCAACAACCAAUUUUCAGGCCGACUUCCUGAGAAAUUGGCUGCAAAUGUGAGCCUAGUCGAGCUGAGCAACAACAAGUUUUCUGGCAAGCUUCCAUCAAGUAGUGUAAGCACUUGGAAGAGUUUACAGAAGUUUAAAGCAAGCAACAAUAUGAUCACAGGUACUGUUCCAUUGGAAUUAACUAGCCUUUCGAAUCUUAACACUCUCUUGCUUGAUGGGAAUCAACUGUCAGGUGAACUUCCUUCUGAAAUUAUCUCAUGGCAGAGUUUAAAUAGCUUAGAUCUCUCUAAUAACGAGCUUUCUGGUUCGAUUCCUUCUGUUCUUGGUUCUUUACCUGUUCUUACUUAUCUUAAUCUGUCUAAUAAUCAAUUUUCCGGCCAAAUUCCACCUGAAGUUGGUCAAUUAAGGCUUACUUCACUCGACUUUUCCUCGAAUAAGCUUACUGGGGAUAUCCCAGUUGGGCUUGAUAAUAGAGCAUAUGAGGAUAGUUUUUUGAAUACUCACUUAUGCUCAAAUACCGGAUUCUUAGACCUUCCAAAAUGCUCGAAACAUCAGAGAAAACCAAACCUGUCAUCCAAAUAUCUUGUCUUGAUCAUAGUCCUUGCAAUGGUUGCCUUGCUAGCAACUUUAUACUACACUGUGUUCAUUAUCAAGGAAAUCCGACAAAGAAAGAACAAGGAAGAACUUGAUAGAAGUACAUGGAAAUUGACCUCUUUUCAUAGACUGCAGUUCACAGAAGAGAAAAUUAUUGCCAGCUUAACUGAGAAACAUGUGAUUGGGUCUGGAGGAUCAGGGACAGUUUACUGGAUCCCCGUUAACCAAUCAGGAGAUGCUGUCGCGGUUAAGAGGAUAUGGAGCAACAAGAAGAUGAGCAACAACUUGGAUAAAGAGUUCCUUGCUGAGGUUCAGGUUCUCGGUACUAUAAGGCAUACCAACAUAGUGAAGUUACUUUGCUGUAUUUCAAGUGAAAACUCGAAAUUGCUCGUGUAUGAGUAUAUGCAGAAUCAAAGCUUGGAUAAAUGGAUCCGUGAAAGUAAUAGGCAAACUGUUACAUCAAAGAAUGGCUCGGUUAAUCAAGCAGUUUUGGACUGGCCUACUAGAUUGAAAAUUGCUAUUGAUGCUGCUCAAGGAUUAAGUUAUAUGCACAAUGAUUGUUCACCUCCUAUAGUUCACAGGGAUGUAAAAUCCAGUAACAUUCUGCUAGACUCAAAAUUUAAUGCCAAAAUCGCUGAUUUCGGGCUAGCAAAGAUACUGGCUAAACCAGGAGGAGAGCCUUACACAGUGUCUGCUGUUGCUGGAUCAUUUGGUUACAUGGCUCCAGAAUACUGUUACACAACCAAGGUGAAUGAGAAGAUUGAUAUCUACAGCUUCGGGGUAGUACUACUCGAGCUAGUGACAGGAAAAGAACCCCACAUCGGAGAUGAGCACACAAACCUUGCAGAGUGGGCAUUGAGGCAUUACAACGAAGAACAUCCAAUCAAAGAUGUCUUCGAUAAGAAAGUGCAAGAGCCUUGUUAUAUAGAAGAGAUGACCAAUGUGUUUAAGAUAGGGUUGAUGUGCACCAGUGCAUCACCAGCCUUUAGGCCAUCUAUGAAGGAAGUUUUGCAGAUGCUUCAACGACAUAUCAGUCUAGACGGUAUUGGAGUAGCAAAGACAAAGAAUGAUCGCGAUGUUUCCCCUCUUUUUGGGGGUGAAAAUUACAUCUCUAGUUGUAAGAAUAGCAAGAGGACAGUAGAAGAUAGCUAUGACAUGGUUUGAGUUUGUAACUAUAGUGCGAGUUUGCUGUAUUUCUGUAGGAUAACCAAUUAUACUGUAAAUGUAGGACAACAGUUUCACAUAUAUACGAGUAGUUACAGUUAUCAUUGUAGUCUCUUGGGAGGUUUUUAUCAAAGCCUGCAUUCUGUUCUCAGCUACCAUUGUGGCGAAACAAGUUAUAUAAUACGAAGUAAUUAGAAAUA